UGGCUUAGCCAACUAAUGAACAACUUCUGUACGUUGCGGUUGUUUUACAGUAUACUGCAGCAUCCAGAUGGGACUGUUCUGAAGCAGCUGCAGCCCCCACCUCGAGGUCCCAGAGAGCAGGAGUUCUACAACAAGGUUUAUGACUCUGACUGUUGCGACAGCGUUCUUCUGGAGCUGCGGGAGUAUCUGCCAAAAUACUUCGGUGUCUGGUCACCACCUACUGCACCAAAUGAUACGUAUCUGAAACUGGAAGACGUGACCCGUAAAUUUAAUAAGCCGUGCAUAAUGGAUGUAAAAAUAGGGCAGAAAAGUUAUGAUCCAUAUGCUUCAGCAGAGAAGAUCCAGCAGCAGGUCAGCAAGUACCCGCUGAUGGAAGAGAUUGGCUUCCUGGUACUCGGCAUGAGGGUUUACCAUGUCUCUUCUGACAGCUACGAGACGCAAAACCAGCACUACGGGAGGAGCUUGACAAAGGAAACAGUGAAGGAUGGCAUCUCCAAGUUCUUCCACAACGGGUACUGCUUGAGAAAAGAUGCAAUCGCUGCCAGCAUUCAGAAGAUUGAAAAGAUUUUGAAGUGGUUUGAGGGCCAAAAGCAGCUCAACUUCUAUGCGAGCUCCUUGCUGUUUGUUUACGAGGGCUCAAGUCAGGCCCCAAGCGUGCGGCUGAGCGACGUCACCUUGGCAGAGAAGAGAGGAGUGCCCAGAGGACUGUUAUCAGGUGGAGACAUACUGGAGUAUAAUAACAAUAUUCAUGUCAUAAGUUCUACAGAGAAUGGAAAAAUUGAGGCCUCUGUCAGUAAAGGCUUGUCCAAAUUUUAUGCACUUCACAAAAAGGCAUACUCAAAGAGGCACCACAGCCAGAUCUCUCUAAAAGUUGAAAGCUUGGAUCAAGACAACAUGUGGAAAAGCAGCACUUGCAUUGCACAGGAACAUCUGAAUGGGAACGUUAUACCGCAACUGGAAAAAGUUUUCUGUCACAUGCCAGCAGAGAUCAAGGAAAGUGCAAACGUGGAAGUCCGAAUGAUAGAUUUUGCUCACGUGUUUCCCAGCAACACAAAGGAUGAGGGCUACGUUUAUGGUCUGAAAAAUUUAAUCACAGUACUUAAAAAUAUUUUGGAUAACUAGAUUCUUUGCUAUGGUUUUUACUGGGGGCCAACGAUAAAGAAGAGCAACAACGUGAAGAAUUUCUGCACUUGUAAUGCUGUAUAACUGGGUUUGUAUUGUUCUACUAUAUCUAAUUUGUCUUUGUACUUUUGGUAGAAGGGUUUAACUUUUUAUAAUCUCACUCAGGAAAAUAAAUGAUAGCGAACCGGGGAGUGUGAAAGGGUGAAGAUACUUGUGAUUGAGCAGGAUAGUAAAUUAGCAGGGUGAAGUGUGUGUGGUUGGCUUAAAUCCAAGCAGCACUAUUGUACAAUAGGCAAGGGUUGUGUUAGUUCCCAUAUGGACUUGAACUUAGAUAACGUUUUCCCACUUAGCCUUGACACUGAGCCAUAUCUCCAUUAACAGGUCUUUAAAAAACAGACUGAAAACUGUACAGUACAGGACUGACAUCCUCAGUACUGCCCUCUUGUGUUUACUACAUUGGAAUAACUGGAGUUAACCCUACUUGGAGAGAAAUCCCAUUUAGAUUCAGUUGUCUGACCCAGGAACCAGCAUAUCCAAAAGCAUUUCUGGAUGUAGCAGGUGGUAGUGCUGUGCUUUUGCACUGCUGUGCUUCCCCUUCUGGUGGCUGUUUGUAGCUGAUGGUCAUUGCAGACAAGCUAAAGGGUUAUUUGUGUGAGGUGCUAAGAAAAUGCUGGACUAAACUGUGGUAACAGGCUUAAGCUGCACAACUGCUAGAGAGACUUUGUUUUGAGAAAGAGUGAAGAAAAAAAAAAAAGAAAUGAAUGUGAGAUAUUCCAGGAGAUAAUUUGGUUUAGGAGAGAAAGUCUAUCUAUUAAUGGAGUGUGUGAUGUUGCAACUAAGGGAAAUGCUCUUUUGUUCUGAUGGUCCUUUUUCAAAAACAUUGCUUCUAGAAGCAAAUUAACUGAAUGGAGAGACGAAGCAUUUGGCUAAGCAUACAGAGAUGUCCUCAAGCUGUUUCCACUUGUGUUUUUGCAAGAAGCAAUUCAGAUUUCCACUGCCAUGGAGCACCAGCUGGGAGCAACGCCGCGAGGGGCCGUAUGCUGCCAAGAGCCAGCACAGCCCGGAGCAGCCCAAUAAACCCUGAGCUCAAGCCAUCUUCAUUUAUUUUUUUUAUUCAUUUUAUUUUAUUUUUUCCCCCACUUGGCAUACAGACAAGUUGUAUGAUUUGAAAACUGUCCCACUUCCUUCUUGAUUUUUCUUUUUUGUCCUCCCCACGGGAACAAAUAAGAGAGGCUUUCAUGUAGAAUGAGAUUGGGAUGGUGGUGUGUCUCCUCUCUGUACUUUGCACAUGGCUGUCCUAAUGUGCACAUACAGGCAGCUAUACCAAAGUGAUGAUGGAGAUGUCACGCCAGGUAUAAAGACAGAUUUUAAUGCUUUAAGCAAGCCCCACAAGUCAAACUUUCUAGAAUUGAUUUAGUCCUUGGAAACAUGAAUCUUUUAAAUGUGGGCUCGACAUGACAGUGUGGCCUUGCUGCUCUCUCUGUAUGAUGUUCUGCACUGUGUAUGUGUCCUUAGAAGUUCUUGUUUUGACGUCUUGGUUUCUUUUUUUGAACAAACGCGCUGCUUUAAAUGAAGUUGAAGCUAUAACUCCAUUUUAGAUCCUGGGUUAAUUGGAAAGAAACAGGGUAUUGUGUAGAAAUAAUGUGACUUGUAACAUUUUUUUAAAUGUCAGAGGUAACACUGGCCAAUACAUGGAAGAAUCAAGACAGCAAGGUGAUGAUUUUGAAGGAUGGGGAGGAUGCUUGCAGGAUGGGCAGUAAAAUUGUCUUAACAUUUUCCUGCAAAUUUUGGUGGUGGCAGAGGGGAAAAUAUGGGGAUGAUCAAGUGUUUCUUCCAGAUAGUAUUUCCAUUGCAUCGUGUGUUCCCAACUCUCUGUGGACUAAUUUAGCCAUAUUCUAGAAAGAAUUUGUGGUUUUGUUGGCUUUAAUGCUGGUUUCUGUAUUAUGGUUUAGAUGUUUUAUCCCAUGAACAGUCAACACUAGGGUAGGCUAGGCUGGUAGUGGCCGUGCAACUGUAAUCUCACAAUGCUUUAAUAGAAAAUACAGGGAAAAACCUUUAUACUCCUGAUUUUUUUUUUUUUCCUCCGUAAUUCAUCUCUACUGGAUUUGAAUCCAUUUUUGUGCCAGAGAAAUUGGACAUCUGCCUCAAAGGAGUCAGUUAUUGAAAGUGAUAUAAAUGCUCUCAGUGUAAGCGUGUUCUCCUGUCUCUGCGUUAAGAUAAAUGUCUUCAGUGUUUGAAUGCUCUUUAAGUAUUGAUUGUUGUGUUGACUAUGGCAGUGUUUGUAAUGCACCUGGAAUAUUGUUAAACUGUCAGAUUAUUUUGAAUAAAAAAAGGAAAAUAAUUUUA